AUGGUCGAUCUCACGAGGAUCCCAAUACGAGCCGCACCCCACGUUUAUGCCCCAUCGGGCUUAGUUGGCAUUUACGCUCGUGGAGAUGGUUUGUUUCAACAGGACCUGUUGCCACUCAUAGCCAUCACUAGCGAUGCGAUGGACCCGAUAUCGCUAGCGGGCUUCGGCGUUGGGGCCAUCGCCCUCACAUUCCAGCUCUUUGCAGGCUGCGUAAAAGCCUACAAUCUUCUGUCCGAUGCAGAUGGCAUGCCAUCUCAGUUUCAUUAUUUGCGCGUCCGCUUGAAAAUAGAGCAACACCGACUGCUGAACUGGGCCGAAGUGGCCAACCUGACCGAGCAGAAUGACUCCCUUUGCGCAACCCUGCGGUUGAACGAGGCCCUCGUGCAGCAGGUGCUAGGCGAGCAAGAGGCUAUCCUCGCGGGUUUCUGGAAUGUCGGCCACCCGUACCGAUCCCUAGUUGAUGGCAGCCAAGGUGGUUCUCUCUACAAUGCGGCAGGGGAGUUCGAGUUCCAAGAGCGGUUCCCGCACGUCAAAAGCUCACUCGAAACCAGAGCCCUCAGGUGCAUGGAGAGGAUGCGACGCUAUCCACUGCGUUUCCGCUGGGCGGUGUUCGAUCGCGAACGCUUAGAGACCGCGCUGGCGCGGCUCGGCGUGCUUAACGAUGGCAUGCAGAGCCUGCUCGACUCGCAGCAGCAGUCUACUCUCCAUCAAGUGCAGACCCGCACGUCCAUGCAGGUCCUUCAGCUGAACAACAAGGUCGACCACCUGCUCCAGAUCUUCCAGGCGGGCAACAUGCAGCUCUCCUUGACGCACAACGCCGAACCUCGGCGAGAGACAGAAGUCCUGGCGACGCUGGCGCGCUUCAAGGCGCUGAACAUAGAGAUCAAUUCGAAUUCAAGUGAUCGACUCAGCGAAGACGGGCUCUUAGACGCGGAUUCCUGUACCAUCUUCCGCUCCUCCCCAGCCACUUAUAUGACAACGGAGAUAGAGCGCUCAGUCGGUCUGUAUGAAGGCAAUCCAGCGUGGAUUGAAUGGAAAUACUACGACCCAGUGCUCCAAAACGGCCACCCCGACCAGUUCACCGAAGCACGAAUCUCCAAGCUAUCAGCCCUUCUCAGAAAUUCUGAAAAGCCUACGCAGUUCCGCACGCCCGCCUGCAUCGGCUACUUCAACGACGCACCACACAACCGGUUCGGGUUGGUCUUCCGUCGUCCCACUGAUACCGCAUCCGCCCACGCUCCAACUUCGCUCUUCGAUCUCUUCCAUGACGAUGAGAAACCGUCCCUUUCCGCGCGUGUUCGCCUUGCACACACCCUCGCCACCGCAAUGCAACAUCUUCACUCCACUAACUGGAUCCACAAAGCCAUCCGCAGCCAAAACGUAGUCUUCUUCACAGAACCCGGCCACACCGAUCUCUCAACCCCCUUCCUCUGCGGCUUCGGUCUCGCGCGCCCAGCCCACAACACAGAGAUGACCGAGCGACCUGACACCACCCCGCUGUAUAAUCUGUAUCGGCAUCCGCUGGCACACGGCGACGUCGCGACAGAGGGUAUUGGGGGUUUCAAGAAAGCGUUUGAUAUUUAUAGUCUGGGUAUUGUGUUCCUAGAGACAGCGCUGUGGAUGCCGCUGCAUCGGGUGCUGGGCAUUGAGGGUGAGAAUGUGCAGGGACAUUUCCGUCCUGGGGUGACGAAGAAGGUACAGGUUACAUUAUUGCGGGAGCGUCGGUUUCUCGAUAUGGUAAGGGCUGCUGCGGGGGAUAUUUUUGGGGAUGUGGUAAAGAUUUGUUUGGAAGGUUUCGGGGUGGAUGAGAGUGAGCAGGGCGAGAAAUUUUAUGAGGACGUUGUCCUGAGGCUGGAGAGGGUUCUCAUAUAG